CAGCUGAAUAAACAGAGCCGAAACCCAGAAAUUGAAGUGAAGACUGGAACUAAAAGAUAGACUGUGCUCAUGAGGAGAGGCUCUGGAAAGGAGGCAGCAGCUGAAAGAAAUGGGGGGAGAGAGGCAACCUUUGUCUUUCCCUCAGGCGUGAGGGAAAAGUUCUCUCUGCCAUUUCCCUCAGGUGGAGCAAAGAUUUGGGAGAAGAGGAGGAAAAAGGAGCCAGGAAGGCCAGCCAGGAGCAAACAAGGGGGAAAACGUGGAAUAAAAGCAAAGACUUGGACAGAGCAGAAAUAGAAAUCAGGAAUUUAAAUAAAAGAAAAGAAGAUCCAACUCUGGGGAAAUGGCACAAUAGAAAUAAUUAGGGACUGAGACCGCAAAAAUAGAGAAGCCAGCAAAUAAACAAAUUAAUGGAGAUAUAGAAUAGAAAAAAUAGAGUGAAGUUGGAUUUUUAAAAUAUAGUGUGGCUAGAUCCCAUGGAAAAUAGUUACAGUUUUAUUAAGAUUCAUUUCCACAGCAGUCUUUCACUUCCUUUCUUUAAUUUUUUAGCGUUCCUUUCUUGGCAAAAUAGAAGUCUUAACGCCCACUCCCCUCCCACUGAGGGGAGAUACAAAAUCCCAAACAAUUGUCCAAAGUUUCAUGUCUUUGUUGUCUCCUUUGAGCAACAUAAAUGCAGAUAUAGGCAUGAUGAGGUCAAAAAGACUAAAUCCAGUCAACAAUUUUGUCAUAAAUAAAAAGUGGGAAAGUAUCGUAGAGAAACUUCCAGAAACAGAUUGCAAAGCAGAUCAUGCUGUCAAAUGGAUAGGUUAAAGCUGAAAGAUUAGAAUAAGGACAUCAGCAAUAUUUUAUUCGGGUGAAGUCCAUUGUUUCUGAAUCCUCAAGAGGAACAAAUCACAGCAAAGUCUGGAUAUAUCCCCAAAUUGACCGGUACUCGGACAAUUUAGUUCUCAGUCAUAUCAGCCCCUCAUGUCAUCCUGUUUCAAAAUCAUAUGAUGCAGGAGACAUUUUAUUUAUUUAUUCAGCUUGUGUGGCUACCCAUUUCACCAAGUGACUCUGGGCAGCGAACAAUCUUAAUAUAAAUUCAAAAUAGAUUUCCAUCAUAAGUACAUGCAUUAAAAUAGCACAGCAGCCAAGGAGAAUUUUACAGUCCAUGGUUGUUCACACCACCAGUACAAAAGGCCAGCAGGAUCAGGGCCAUCCUGAUCUCUGGAGGAAGGAUGCUCCGUAGGACAGAUGUUACGGCAGAAAACUAACUAUUGCUUGCUGUCAUUCCAGAAGAAGAGAUCUCUCAGAGGCAAGGGGGUCUAAUCCAUCCCCCACUUGAAAAUACAGCGUGGGCUUUCCUCUGAGGACACUACUCUUCCCUUCAGAGGGAGAACCAACCACGUGAAUCCAAGCCCAAUCACAAAGCCCAGAGAAACGGGGGCAUAAAAGCCCCUCUGGGUUGCAAGACCAAUGGGUGCCCCCAGCUGUGAAGAUGCUCAGGGAAUGGGCUCCCCAAAUAUUCUGCAGCCACUGAAGUUGGCAAGAGAAAGGGAAGAGCCUCCUCCUCCUCUUCCUCCUCUUCCUCCUCCUCCUCCUCCAUCGUGCAAAAUAUUCCUUCCACCGCCUCCUUGCCCCGUUCAGAAUGCAGCUGCACAUCUGUGGCAUUCGCUGCACCUUCCCCAGGACGAAAGUCCCUCUCGGCCGCAUGGAAAUCGCUCUGCCUCAGGCACAUCCUGUCUGUGAUGCGCAAAAUGGGAUGAGGCCAGAGAGAGGACACUGAAAGCUAAAUACCGAAUGCCGAUUGGGCACAGCGGCCAGCCAAUCGGAGAGCAGCAGAAGCCAAGUAAUCUGCAUCAUAAAGAAAGCCAACAGUCUCGCUGCAGGAAGAUCAAGCCAUAGCUGCACAAAGCAAGAUGGUUUGUGACAUGCCCUGAAGAGCAAAUAUGGCUCCGAGAGCACCGCCAAAAGUCGCGAAAGCUCCAAUCACUGGCGCCCACAGAUUGGUAGUCGUCGGUUUCGUAAUACUCUUCUGUCUGCUUCUGUGCACCUCUUGGAUUGGCGCUCUGUGUUUGAUGGAAAAGCUAAAACACGAUGCUCUUCGGAAAGCAGUCGCAGGUAUUAGGAGCUAUAUGGUAUCCGUGGAUGCAAAUUAUAACUUGCUUAACGAUACCGAUCUGAUUCUGGAGGCUGAAAAGUUGACCGUACCUUUGGCGGUGUUGUCUAUAAAGCAUCAAGAACUUGAAGGUGCGCUUGAGGACCUCCAAGGCAAGCUCUCCAAAGACUGGAUAAUCUACAGAGGCAAAAUUUAUUAUUUUGGGGACCAGAUGCUUCAGCAGGAGAAAUGGGUCAACCGCUGUAUUAGCCUCCGAGCUGAAAUUGUGUCCGUUCGAGAUAGGGACGAGCAAGAGUUUUUAGGAACAUUAGUUGCCUCCAGAUAUGGCAGCUUCUGGAUUGGAUACAGGUAUCAUGCCAAGGAGAAUAAAUUUGUCUGGCACAACCCCGAAGUUCCAGCCUAUCCCACGUACUGGGUUGAUGGAUUUCCACAACUUCCGGAGGACAACCAGUGUGUACUCAUGAGCAGCAGAUGUCCAACCCUUUAUAAAUGCUGGAUAAAUUAUCCGUGUGAGGAACCCCAGAAGGGCAUUUGCAAGAAGUCUCCAGAGCUGAGGUGGAUGUCCUAGCUCUUGGCCGAAUGAUGGGCCGAGACGGGUAAUUUUUGAUCAACUCGGUGAGAAUACAAAAAAAAAAA